AUCCUACCGACCACAAGCUCUCUUCUCACAACUGCCUGGGUCUCAAUGGAACGAAACUGCAAUGAGUGAGCCAAGACGUCUAGGACCACGAGACCGUCCUUCUUGCAAGCCCUGCCGUGAUCGCAAAGUCCGUUGCAAUCGGGGCCUCCCUUGCUCGCAGUGCACUCGCUUACAGCUCUCAUGUGUGUUCGAGGCCAGAACGAGAAGAGCCCCCGUAAAUGCCCGAUCAGUCAAGUCCUCUUCGCCAUGCGAUGCGAACGUAUCAUCGUUCUGCGAAACUCCUGCAAAUCAUCAAGCAGUUGAGUCAUCGUCACAACCUCCUCCAGGGCAAACGAUACAACCGACGAACCAGGAAGUUCUUGACCGACUUGCUCGAGUUGAAGGACUCUUAUCCAAUCUUGUCUCCUCUCUUCGUAAUGGAGCCCCGGUGCAAGACCCAGGUGGACAGAGCAAGCCUGGGACGGACCCCAUUCCGGCUCCACCGAUCCUGCCAUCACAAGAAGUCCUUGUCGGAGACGGGGAGAGAGGAAACUUUGUAGAUGAUUCAGUAUUUGUUGGCUUAUUUCUUGGGGACCCGCCUCGACAACGACCAAUAGCCGGUACGAAGACUAGAGAUCCCAUACCCAACGCAACAACUCAACACAUAUCUCCCCACUAUGGCAUAGCAGCCACGGAUGUCUUUGGAUCUGACCCGGAGACCAUAUCAGUACCUCCUCACGUCCUUACCAGGCUAUGGAUCGUCUAUCUACAAAACGUUGAUCCCUUGAUCAAAAUACUCCACAUACCCACGAUCCAGCCAGUGAUGCUUGGUGUCGCAGCCAAACCUCAAGGAGCAGACAAUAUCACACAUGCUCUUCUGUAUACCACUGCCUUUGCGGCAACGACCAGGACUGAAGGCUCUGGCAAUCUACUUAGUACGACAAUUCCUGUUCCACAAUUCAUACAUUACGCAUUGCUGAUCACGCAUACACAGACUGCACUAAGAACCUUCGACACCGGACGAACCAUCUGGACGCUCACCGGCCUCGCAAUCAGAAUAGCAGAAUCCCUCGGCGUACACGAAGAUGGCUCCCGUCUCGGCCUGGGCCCCUUUGAGACGGAAAUGCGCUGUCGUCUCUGGUGGCAUCUCACCGCCCUAGACGCCACGGCGCCCGAAAGCCAUGGUUUCAACAACACGAUGGCCGACCGCGGUAAAAUAUUUCGCUUACCGCUGAAUGUAAACGAUACCGAGCUAUGGCCCCAGAUGGACAACGCCCCUACCGGAAGAGACGAAUGGACCGAGACGACAUUUUCGAUUAUGAACCUCGACCUCUGCCGCAACCUACGCCACGCCGUCUCCGCUGUCGGGGCGGCGGACGAGCAGACGAGGGAGGCCAAGAUCCAGCAGACGGAGUCGUCAAUGGCCCAUCGCUGGCUCCGGUUCGCACCGAAGAAUAGUGACGUAUGUCGUGCCGCGGAGUCUUUGCUUCGAAUAUCUGUAGCCAAAGCGCGCUUCAUCUUGAUGCUCCAGGCCUGGCUCUCGGCGCCGAUGGAACAAGAAUGUAGGUACCGUUACCUGCCCCAUUCCCUGUUCACCACUGCCAUCGAAUUGCUCGAGCAAGGGUACCUGCUGCAGUCAGGAAAGCUUUUCCCUGGAUACGCUUGGUUCUAUCAGCAGCACCCGCAGUUGUACGCCUUGUUCCUCACGCUCCGCACGCUCGUCGAUUCGCCCGAACGAGGGGAGGCGGAGCGCGCUUGGCUUGCGGUGGAUAACUACAUCGCCUGCCUCGCUGACUUUGAAGAAGCGAAUGAGCGGAGAGGGAAGAAGAGUUGCGUGUGGGCGGCUAUGGGGCCUUUGCGAGACCGGGCGAGGGAGUCGGUUCGACAGCGUGAUACUACUUUUGAAAUAGCGAUACCGGUAGCGGCGUCCCCAAAGAUGCCAUCUGGGGAGAACUUUGGCACCGGAACAUCGCAAUCGUGGAAUGCGAUCGCGCUUGAGCCGCUGGCGUUUGAUAACAUUCUUACAUGGCAUGAUUUCUCAGAUCUGUUUGAUGUCAUAUGA